AUGGCUUUGCCUGUCCGACAUGGGGGCCUCGCCGUCCCCAUAUUGUCGAAGACGGCGGCUGGGGAACAUCAGGCCUCUGUCAGUGCCACUGAUCCUCUGGUUCAGCUUGCGCUAUCAUCGCCUUCGCCUGACUGUGCUGGUGCGUCACUGCCUCCGCCUGCGGGACCGCCUCUGCGUGAUCUUAACCAACCACCUAUGGUACCACCCCCGCAUCAUUGUGCUAAUAUGUCACCGCCUCUGCCUGCUGGGUCGCCUUUGCCUGCCUGUGCUGAUGCGUCGCUGCCUCAGCCUCCGCGGCCGCCUCCGCCUGACUGUGCUGGUGCGUCGCUGCCUCCACCUGUGGGACGGCCCCUACCUGGCUUAGACCAACCGCCGGUGCGACUGCCUUCGCCUGACCGUGCUGCCGUGUCACUGCCUCCGCCUGCGGAACCGCCUCUGCCUGACUGUGCUCGUGCGUCGCUGCCUCCGCCUGGUCUAGACCAGCCACAUGUUCGACCGCCUCCGCCUGAUUAUGCUGGCGCGUUGUCGCCUCCACCUGCGGGUUCGCCUCCGCCUGAUCUUGACCAACUACCUGAUGCCGGAUCGCUCUCUGCGCUGCGUGCGGAGCCUGUUGCCGUGGGAUUAGGCGUCGAAGAGCCUGGCGAGACUAAUCCUAGUGGUCCGUGUGGUGUCGCUGAGGCUGUUGCUGCGGUGCGUGCUGGGCUGCGCCGGGUGAGAGCAAAGCGGGACCAGAUUUCGCGUGGUGUGCAGGCAGAGAUUGGCCCUGGACUGUCUCCGUGCCAGCGGCUACUGUUAGAAACAGCGGACAAACCGCCGGUGCGACUGCCUUCGCCUGACUGUGCUGCCGUGUCACUGCCUCCGCCUGCGGAACCGCCUCUGCCUGACUGUGCUCGUGCAUCGCUGCCUCCGCCUGGUCUAGACCAGCCACAUGUGCGACCGCCUCCGCCUGAUUAUGCUGGCGCGUUGUCGCCUCCACCUGCGGGUCCGCCUCCGCCUGAUCUUGACCAACUACCUGAUGCCGUAUCGUUCUCUGCGCUGCGUGCGGAGCCUGUUGCCGUGGGAUUAGGCGUCGAAGGGCCUGGCGAGACUAAUCCUAGUGGUCCGUGUGGUGUCGCUGAGGCUGUUGCUGCGGUGCGUGCUGGGCUGCGCCAGGUGAGAGCACAGCGGGACCAGAUUCCGCCUCCGCCUGAUCUUGACCAACUACCUGAUGCCGUAUCGUUCUCUGCGCUGCGUGCGGAGCCUGUUGCCGUGGGAUUAGGCGUCGAAGGGCCUGGCGAGACUAAUCCUAGUGGUCCGUGUGGUGUCGCUGAGGCUGUUGCUGCGGUGCGUGCUGGGCUGCGCCAGGUGAGAGCACAGCGGGACCAGAUUUCGCGUGGUGUGCAGGCAGAGAUUGGCCCUGGACUGUCUCCGUGCCAGCGGCUACUUGACCUGUUUUCGUGGCUGCCGUAG